GUGUCUGUUGUAAAUUGUAAAUAAAUAAACGUAACUUUCGACUUUACAUAAUAAAUGGAAGGAAUUUUAUGGAAAUGGACAAAUUACUGGAACGGUUGGCAAACAAGAUGGUUUGUGCUAGAGAACGGCAUUUUAUCUUAUUAUAAAUCACAGGAGGAAGUGAUUCAAGGAUGUAAAGGAUCAGUGAAAGUAUCAGUGUGUCAAAUAAAUGUCAAUAAUAUUGAUAAUACUCGUCUGGAUUUAGUCAUACCUGGUCAACAACACAUGUAUUUAAGAGCGCCUUCUCCUCAAGAUAGGCAAAAAUGGCUCGUUGCACUGGGUAGUGCUAAAGCAUGUGUAGAUUCCAAAAUAGAUGCACUUGCUGCUGGUUUUGACAACUCUAUAGGUCAUAAAAAAUCUGAAUUACGCCUCUAUUGUGACCUGAUGAUGCAGCAAGUACAUGCUAUAAAAAGUGCUGCUUCUACUGAACACCCUGAAGUACAGAAAAUUGAAGAUGCAUCAAGUCUUUUAGCAGCAACCUGUGAUACAUUUAUAAGAACACUUGAAGACAUAAUGAAACUUACAAGCACUAGCGGCACUGGAGGAAAUGUUGCACCAUAUGAAAUGACUGUACCUAACUUAAAUAAAACAAAUAGUUCAAACAAACCACAGACUGCUAAUAGGAAUCCAAAGUCAAGUUUAAAUAGGUCAUUAUCACAAGAUAACAGAUAAAAUGUUUUCAAAAAUAUCCAGUUUAUUAAUCAAUAACUCUACAUAUAUUGUUGUUUAGUAAAUAAUUUCCUUCAAGUCAUUUUGACUUACGGAAGAGUUAAAAACUGUAUAUUUUAUUGUGAUUUUUAAGCUCUGAUUAGUAAUAGAUGCUUUAUUGCUGCUACUGUUACUCUGCCUAUUAUGUAAAUUCACUGGUGAUCAUAAGCCUUCUCCAUAGGCGAGUUUUUGCCAUAGUUGCCAUGCUUCUAGGGGUCUUGGUAAUCGUAGUUUUUAUUUUUUUGAAGUGUUAUUAGGAAGAUGCUAGUUCCCAUCUCAUAGUUUGUUUUGCUCUGUUGUCUCUUACAACACCCACAAUAUAAUAUGGAUGGUGAUAUUUAUGUUUUUCGUGAUAGGUAUUCUAGUUUUAAUACAAUUUCGCCAGUUGGUUUAUUGGUUUGAUUUAUGUAAGAUGAUGUGGUUAAGACUGCAAGGUCAUGAUCAAAAUCAAUUUUGUGCUUUAGAGUGCCAUCAGGUCUCUAUUGUAACAUAAGUAAAUCUGUAAUAAUUGGAUCUCGUGUGUUUUUUUCUGUGUGUAUUGAUUUGUAUAUCAAUAUCAUCAUUAAGAUUCUGUUUAGAAGGUGUAAUCCAAAACAAGAACUUCAUAUGGCAUUGGAUCUCUCCUAGUCAUCUUUGUGAUUUAUAAAUAUUGUUUCAGAAGGUAAAUUUCUUUACCCUUUAGCUUAUACUUGAUGGCGCUGUGUAUUGAAUCGUACUCCACAUGAGGGUGAUCUUUUUCUAGGUACUUUUGGGUAGUAAGUAAAAUUGGUAAUGCACAACUUGAUUUUAUAAUAGAUUGAACUAGCUUGGAGAUUUGGGCUGAACUGACUGAACAUCUUGUGUGAACACAUGACAUGCACCUGUUUGUGCAUCGUGUUUGUCAUGUCUUAUUACAACGUGUUUGGCAUAUUUUUCAUCCGUGAUGUUUCCAGUUUUAUGACUUCAGAAAACAUCACUGAUUUUGCUCUUUAUAUUGUGAAAUAGCCUCAAAUUGGGUUUUUCAUAAAUAUUUUAUUGAAUAGUUUUUGGCCAACCAAUACAUGGUCCAGACUCGAACUCGCAAUUAUCUUUGUAUUAUAUAUUCUAACGUAUAUAUGUGCAGAUAUGUAAUUAUAUAUUGUAUAUUAUUAAAAUGAGUCAUAUUCGGAAAACUGGUUCUAUACAUUCUCGUGAUGUACAAGCGUGGCAAUAAUGUGACUGCAUCUUGGGAAGAUGUAUUUGUGUUUACCAGUUUUUUCACAUGUGCACUUAUUGAAGUAACCGAGUUUGAAGGAAAUACACAGUCAGUUUUUUUCAAGCAAUAUCUGAAAAACUAACACACACACACACAAGUACGCACGCACGCACCAAUUAUGUACUUAAACCAUAACUAACUUUAUAUUUCGUACCUUUUCAACCAACUUAAAAAAAAAUUGGAGGUUCUCAAUUCGACCCUAUUUUUUUAUGUGUGUUAUCUCAGAACUUUUUGUAGGUGAACCGAUUUUAAUGAUUCUUUUUUAUUUGAAAGCUGGCGCUUCUCAUGUGGUCCCAUAUAUACUUGAUCAAGAUCUGACCAGAAGUUUUUGAGUCAUCCUUAAUAAUGCGUUGUAAUUGGCUUCGACUACAUUGAUGAUGUUCUCAUUUUAGUUAUAUUGAAGUCAGUUGUACAAGAUUUUUCAUUUUACCACUUGUUAUCUUAGCAUUUUCUAUAUUCUAAAAUGGUUAACUUUAUAAUAUGUAAAAUUAUUUUAUUUAUUUGAAGAAGGCCUUUUCUUUUUAUGAAAAGUUUUUUUUUUAUAAUAGACAUCACAUGCAUUUUCAUUUCAUGGAAAACGAAAGAAAUGCGUGCUUGUUUCGUGGGCCGAGCGGACUUAUAAUUUUUGUUACUUGUUGUACAUUACUGUUUUAAUUUAAAUUUUAUUCUUAUUAGGUUUUCUUUCUUCUUUAUUCCUAGUAACGUUCACAUUAAAUAUUUAUUGUGUUGAUGUUUAUUUGGAUCCUUUGAUGCCUUCUUCUGUAUUUACUUUUGACUUAACAAUUCGUAGGUUCCAUCACUCAGGAUAACCACCUUCACCUGUGUAGAUAGUGAGGAAGCUACUACGAGGAGGGUUGCUGGUUGAUGUUAAGCGCUUGAUUUAGAGUUCUGACAGCCCUUUUUUUACAUGGUGAAAUGCCUAUGCAUACCCCCCUCGCGGAGGCAAGGUCGGGUUAUGUCGGACUCGCACCUACUAAAACCUCAUGGUGUUCCACCUUCAACGCUUUCGCACACAUCCGCGGUCCCACCAGCGCUGGCCGCCCCUUCUCGGGGGAGGAUUUCUCCUCCCCAUUCCCCUUCUCAGGCAGGCGCAGGCGCAUCAGGAAUACAAGACACGCCUUCCUCCAUGGCCUCCAACUCCACCUGCGUAACGCCCCCCGAGUCCGAAACGCGGAGGCUAUGGGGCCAGAAAAAUUGAGCGGUCGUUGGCACCCGCUUUGUCUCCCCCGCCAAUCAAGUUUCAGCCGCGGAGGAUAGGGAGAGCGGCGCCUCGCCAUACCAACACUCCUCUUCCCCCGCGACUCCACCUCGGCUGCAGCGGUAGGGGGAGAAAGCACCCCUCUCGUCGCAGCACACCGACAUCGAUCCGAAGUGGGCUCGCCAAGCCCACUCGGAGUGCCACCUAAAGCCGGCUUUACACCAUGGGCCAGCCAAGGGGUCCCUCUUUGUUCACCGCGGGUGAACAAGCCACGGCUACUAGAAAAAUAUUGGCAUGGCCGGUGUAAAAAGUAUCGUCAGUGCUGUCGUCCGCAUAGCAAUGAUUGUUACUGGUUUGCAACAUAUAAUUCAUAUGUAGGAGAAACAGUGUAACAGCGCAGUCUUGUGGAACACCUCCAUUAAUUGACUUGUAGUCGGAUGAACCGUUUACUAUGGACCUUGAUGCUCCGAUCUAAAGAAAACUAGUGAUACAAAUCCAAUUGCACUAUUUUUCGGGAAGCCCAUAGGAAGCAAGCUUCGAAAGAAGCGCUUUGUGCCAAACCCGAUCGAAGGCCUUCGCUAUGACCAAAGUAAUGGCCAAGGCAUUCAAUUAGAGUCUACUGACUCCGUUCUGUCAGGUAAAAGAUCACCACCUGAGCGACCCGGCCAGAAACCGUAUUGGCGGUCACAAAUUAAGUUUAGGCACAUUAAAUACAUACUUCCUUUGUUGAUAUGAAAAUAUCCUACCAUUUUAUAUUUAGAUGCUAAUGAAGUUAGCAAAAAUUCAUGGAGAAUAUUACUGUUUUCGACUAUCGAUUUUCGAAUAUGACUGAAUUCGUCAUUAUUACAGCCCUUCAUAAAUCUGUUGCUGAACACAGGCCUUCGUAUCGUACUCUGGUUCUGUACUCGGAUAGUCAUCGUAGCCCUACUUUACAAGCACUUAAACACUUCGAUAUACCGACAGUCAAAUUGGCACCGCUGAAGGGACUGCAGUACCGCCCAAAUUUCGACGGAAUCAAAGGCUUUCUCAUAGUCCACAUACGCCAGGCAUAGUGGCAAAUUGUACUCCUCGGACUUCUGUACAACUUGCCGAAGGGUAUGUAUGUGGUCUAAGGUGCUAAAGCCCUUUCGGAAACCGGCUUGUUCGGGAGGCUGGAAGUCGUCAAGUCUGCGUGCGAGACGAUUCGUAAUGACUCGAAAAUAGCACGUAGACGCGGUUCAGAAGGGAAACUGGUCUGUAGUUCUUCAAGAGAGCAUUGUCACCUUUCUUGAAGAACAAGACCACCGCACUUGAGGACGGAAUUAAAGAGCCUCUGAAGGACAUCCAGUACUGGUUUUCCAUCCGCUUUCAGAAGCUCCGCUGUAAUUCCAUCCUCGCCUGGGGACCUUGCCGUUUUUAAGAUGCUGCAGAGCCAUUCUAAUCUCGCUCAGACUGACGUCCGGGAUAUCUUCGGAUAAAGUGUCGGAUAAGACUCGCUCUUGGAUCGUUACUCACACUUGCGUGUGGCUCCAACGAUGACGUGUACAGCAGUCCAUAGAACCUCUCAAUCUCACUCAUAAUCUCAGGUGCCCCCGGAAACGAUGCUGCCACACUCGGUCUUCAGCUUUGACAGUUUGCUCUUUCUGGCAGACUUUGGAGCCUUGGUUCCGCUCAAUCGCUUCUUCAAUAUAAGCUGUAUUGAAGUUGCGUAAGUCCCGCCGAUCUCUGUUCAGUUGCUAUGCUGUCAAAUCUGUUGAAGAAUGUAGCUUCAUCUCCCGUCUAACAGCCAUGAGAUUAAGAGUGUGAUCGGAGAGUUUUUGUGUUCUGCGGCGGGUCUUGCAGAACUUAGCUCCGACCGCAUGGACAGUAUCCACGAGCUUGUCAUUCAUAUCGUCCACUUCAUUGCAGUCUUCUAGGCACUGAAAACGGUUUUGUAACUCGAACUGAAAGGUUUCAGGACUUUGGAACAGAGCACGAGGGGGACGGAGCGUUGACUUCAUUAGACGAGACCUCUCCAACUUAACGUUUAGGUUCAGUGUGCCUCUAACCAUUCGCUGAUCGCUACCAGUUUUCACCCUCGCGAUCACGGAGAUAUCACUGAACAGUUGUCGUCUGGUCGUCAUAAUGAAGUCAAUCUCAUUUUUUGUCGAACCGUCGGGGCUCGACCAGGUCCACUUCCUGUAGGGCCGCUUCUGGAAGAAAGAGUUCAUCAUAAAGAGUCCCUCUUUCUCCAUGAAGUCGGCCAGCUGCUGACCCCUUGGGUUCCGUUGCCCUAUUCCAAAUUUCCCUACUUUCCGCUCACCGUUCUCUCUUGUGCCUAGUUUUGCAUUGAAGUCUCCCAUUAACACCGUAUAUUGGGUUUUGGAGGAAUGCAUGGCUCUAGAGAUAUCCUCAUACAUUUCCGCCACCUCCUCAUCGGGAUGUGCCGAGGUUGGUGCGUAAACCUGUAUGACCUUCAGCGAUACCGUUUGCUGAUUCUGAGUAUAAAGUACGCAACCCUCGUCGACACACUCAAUUUUUACAACGUUGUUAACGAGAGACUUGUGGACGAUAAAUCCGACACCUCCUUGGGACAGAUGGUCGCCCUCCCGGUGAUAGAGCAAGUUGCCGGAUUCGAGGAUUACCGUGUCCUCUCCCUCUCUUCGGACUUCGGAUAAUCCUAUAAUAUGCCAGCGUAACUUGUCUAUCUCUUCUUCCAGCUCCAGGAUCUUCUCGUCAGUCCUCAGGGUGCGUGCGUUGUACGUUGCCAGGUCGGGUCGCCUAAGGUGGCAACCGAACCUCCACCGGAGAUUCUUAGCACCCCCUGCCCCGCCGUUACCAUGGUCGCCACCGUAGCCAGGAAUAGCGGGGCCGCCGGGGACUGGGGGCCGUCUCCUUGUUACUCUCUUCAUAGGGGGGUAUUUGCCAUAGUUGCCAUGCUUGGGGAGCGGGUUGGCAAACGCAGUUUUUUUUAAUUGUAAUUUUGGCUAUUAUCAGGAAGAUGCUGCUGCCCAUCUCCUGCCUGUUUCCCUUUGUCGCCUUUUACGACACCCACGGGAAUAUAAUUGGGGUAGUGGAUAUUCUUGACCGCCACUACACGGUACAUCAACGUACCAUCAACGUACUUAAAAGCAAAUAAAAUUCUGUAACAUGAAAUAAUUGCCUUCUAUUGAAUUGAGGGAGGUUAUUUGCAUUUUACAUGCCAUUAGGAUCUGAAUAACUAUUUUUUUGUCUGAACAGAUAGAGAGCAAUGCCAGUAGUGUUCUAGGUUAUAUUUUAUCUGAAACUGGGUUUUCUUGAGAAAUCGAAAAAUUAGUAAUAUAAAUGGUCUUUGAUGAUUAUCUUAAAUCUACACCAUCGCCAGUAGGGACAUCAUCAUCUUCAUCAGCCUACGGCUGGCCACUUCUGGACUUAGGCCUCUCCCAAGGCGCACCCCUUAGCCCGAUCUUCGGCUUCACUCAUCCAGUUGCUACCAGCCGCCUUGCGCAGAUCGUCACUCCAUCUAGCCAGAUUACGACCUAUACUGCGUUUACCGAAACGCCUACAACGGCGGGGCGGGUUGCUAGAGUAUAAAACAUUCCCUGUUUGUUGCACGGAAAGAAAUUACCGUGUAAAGCAAUAUCCAUACCAUCAGUAUUAGUGUUUACCAAAGACUUCUAUGUAUACUACACAUUAGACCAGCAAUUCGGAACGAAAAUUGUGUGACAGCUGUGGAUUGCGUGAGCGCGGGUGGAUAGCGAGAUGGAUAAAUUAUGAUUGCAAUUGUAUUUUCAUUUACGGCAGUUACAAUUUUCGAAACGAAAUAUAUUUACAUUCUUGUCUGAAAUAAACUUCAAAACAAACAAAGUGCACAUCUAUGUUUCUUAGUCUCUAAAAGAAAAUCAGUUUUAAAUUUUCGAAAACAAAGUUUGCGCAUUACAAAAUAAAGAAUUAGUCUCCUCACCUAAAGGAGUUAUGGAGAAUUGGCCACAACUUGGUGCCGCAAUGUAUUGAGGCGGCUAAGCCUGUCUACUAGUAUAGGUACAUAGAAGACAUUGGUGAUUACCAUAAAGUAUAUAAUAUUUAUUAAUUUUUUUAUGUAUAUAUUAGUAGGUAAUGUUAUUAAUUUGUUCAAUUCUAUAUUAAACCAUGUCUAUUAGUCUACUUACAUAUUGUGUAGUAAACAUGUUAAAUUAAGUAUGAAAUAAAAUUAAUAUAUUUUGAUAUGCCUACU